AUGUCGGAUUUAAAACAAAAUUCACCUAUGUUUAAUAAAUAUUUUCAAGAUCGACGUAUUCGUCGAUAUUUAAUAACUGCUGGAUUAAUUAAUCGUCAUGGUGAUAUUUUACCUCCUACAUCUGAACAAAUUGCACGUGCACGACGAAUAACACAACAACGAAUUGCAGAUAAUCCUACAAAACAAGAUGAUGAUGAUGGUGAAGAAGAACAAAGUCGAAAUGGAACUAAUCGUUCACCAAGACGUUCCCGUAAAGAAAAAACUAAAAAUUCAAAACCAAUUCGACGAGGUGUUUCACGUAAUUUAUCAAGUAUUCGUCGUUCACCAAUAUCAACAGAUCGAAAACGUUCGCCAAAUCGUGCAAAAUCUGCUCAUCAACGACCACAAGAUUUCUCAAGAUAUUUUAUUAAUAAUUCAGCUAGAGCAAAGUCACCGACUAAAGAACGUUGUCGAGUAACAAUGAUGUAUUACGGACCACAAACGAAUUUUGAUUAUGAUAAUUGUUGGUUCCUACCACAUGGCGAUGAAAUUACUGUUUCACAACAACAUUGUGGUGGUGAAAAUCUUAUUGUUUUUAAAGGACAUGUUAAACCUAACGAAAGAUUUGCAUUUGAUUCUCGACGUCAUCCAGAUUAUCCAUUUGCAUUGGCUCUCUAUGUAAAUGGUGUUGCUAAGAGUCGAAUAUCAGUUUGUUGUGAAUAUAAACAUAAACGUAAUAUACCAUUAGAUGGAAAAAAUGGUCUAUUUGGUAUUUGUGAUGUAAAAAAAGUAACACCAUGUGAAAGUUGUCAACUUCGACAACGUAAGAAACAAAUACAAUCAAAUAAUGAUUCAUUUGAAGCUCAAGCAUCUCGUAAUCAAAAAUCAAUUGUGCCACGUGUUUCAUCGGAGAGACGAUCUUCUUCUUCAACUAAAAAACAAAAACCAGAUUCAUCUCGUAAUUUAGUAGUAUUUAAACAUCAUUCUCCAGAAAUAUCUCGAACACCAACACCACCGUCUAAAGAAAAAAAAGUAAAAAGAUCAGUAUUAUCUACUCAAACUGUACAGGAUGACUCUAUUAAAUAUGCUCAUCAUCCAGUUACAUCACAAAGUAAUGAUAAUGAUGAAAGUUAUACUUCAGAUUUCGAUGAAUCGAAUGAUAAUGAUCUUCCAACAUUGAAUGAUCGAUAUGGUCGACCACGUAUUUCUGAAUCCAAUUCCAUUGACGAUCAAAGACGAAGUCAUACUUCAUCAAGAAAUUCAAGAAAACUUGGUUUUUCAGAUGAUGAUGAUGAUGAUCGUAGAACUCCAGUACCACUCGAAAGAAAUCAUACUUUUGAUCGCUCAACAAAAUUAUCAAGUACUAUGCCGAAAAAAUUGGAUUCUUCUGAAGAUGAAGAUAAUAAUCGACCAUUUAAAAUAAUGACUGGAAAGAAUAAAACUAAUAAUCGUACAAGACAAUCACCACCUAGUAUUCACAGAAAAUCUGAUCCUUCAGAUGAUGAUGAUGAUCGUAGAACUCCGGUAUUACUCGAAAGAAAUCAUACUUUUGAUCGAUCAACAAAACUAUCAAGUACUAUGCCGAAAAAACUUGAUUCUUCUGGAGACGAAGAUAAUAAUCGACCAUCUAAAAUAAUGACUGGAAAGAAUAACACUAUUAAUCGAACAAGACAAUCACCACCUAGUAUUCACAGAAAAUCUGAUCCUUCUGACGAUGAAAAUGAUCAUCGUACACCCAUCGGAAGAAAUAAUAGUCGAGGUUAUUCAAGAAAAUCACCAACUAUUACUCCGAUAAAAUUUGAUUCUUCUGAAGACGAAGAUAACAAACGAUUUAUUACUACAGUAACUGAAAAGACUAAUAAUCUUAGGCAAGCAAGACAACUACCGUCUACUACUAUUCAACGAAAAUCUGAUUCUCCUGAAAAUGAUAAUCAACUAUCGCAUAGAAAGAACAAUAAUUAUAAUCAUUCAGAAGAUGAAAAUGAUCAUUAUAUACCUAAAACAUCAACUGAUAGAAAAAAUAUUAUUGAAAGUCCACAAAGCCCUUUGUCCGAUGCAUCAAGAAAAUCUAAUGAAAAUAAUAAUCGAUUUUUAUCAACAAAAACAACUGAUCAUGAAACUGAUGAUCGACGACCAUUCUCAAGUUCUAUAAAUCGUAAUCAUAAAGAAUCACCAGUUCGUCGCACAUCAACAAGUUCAACAGAAGUACCAAAUGAUACUCACAAGAAUAAUUUCGAUUCAACUUUUGAUACAAAAUCAUGGUUUACUGAUGAAAGUUCUGAUCAAAAAUAA